UCUCUGGAGACACUCGAACGGCAACUGAAUGCAAAUUUGCACGAGCAUCGGAACCGACAGCCCCGCCGAUUACUGGCCUGCCCAGACGAUGUGCAUCAUAUUAUUCGGGUUGGACGAGUGGCUAAUGGGAGAGAGAGAAUGGGAACCGACGCGAUGCUCUUCUUUCCUAUCCAUCGUUCAGCACGGCUUCCGUUUUGUGCGUGGCUUCGCAUUUGUUGAUGGGCUUCUGUUUUCACUCGCCCAUCCUUAACAACGGGGGACCGGAAUUGUAAACUGCCAGGUACUGUGGACAUACAUGCAAUAAAACAAAAUAAAAGCCUGUGUGCCUUAGUUAAUGUGUCGGCAUUAGCUGUCAGGGCAGGCUGUUUAGCAGCACAAUAUCGAAAACAAACUAAACUCUCAAAUACAAUAGUACACUGAAAUCAGAUCACUAUCAGAGUUAAGUGCAAAAUCGUUCAUUUUGUUGUAUUUAGAUGUAUAUGUUUAUAUAUGUAUAUAUUAUAUUUUUUAAACAAUUACUGCAUUUUGUUGUGAUAUGUAGAAAUGUCUACUAGCACAGUAUUUGUUCGCUCUACUAUAGCCAGCGAUUUGCGAGCUAAGGCUAAUAAUUUGAGGGCUUCGAACGAAAGCCAAUUUAUUUAUACGCUCUGCUGCACUGAAGGGUGUAAUCUGAGCAUCUGCUCGAUGCCUAGUAAGUUAAAGGACAUAGAGUCGUGCUCCGGAUCCGUCGACGAGCGUAUAUCGUUGCCAGAAACGCCGCAGCAACAAGCCAAGAUCUCUCUCUCUCGAAGAACAGCCUUGCAGUCGCCCCACGCACGGCCCACCAGUGGGUCCUCAUUCGAAAUCGUGCGCGUGCUCUCCAGGCACAGUACCAGAGUAUUCAAUGCCUUCAAGCGGCUUUUUUCGAGAAGCUGCAAUCGUUGGGGCCGGAGGAGUCCAAAAUGA